AUGACCGAUUUAGGAUACGGAAACUUUGGAGAUGGCGGAUUUUCCGAUACUGCAACGGGAGGGUUCCAGGCAGACGUAGAUGGGUCUCAAAAGCCGCAACAAACUCGUUCAAGUAUUACUCCCGUGACGAUAAAACAAGUGAUCCAGGCAGUGGCUUUGGGACCAGAUCUUGAUUUCCGCAUCAAUAACGUGGAGUUGAACAUGGUUCGUGUGAUUGGAGUGCUCAGAAAGGUGGACACGAAUGCCUCGGCCGUGAAUCUUACGAUUGAAGAUGGUUCUGGUUCGAUGGAGGUGCGUAAGUGGACUGAUGAAACCGCGUCUGCUGCCGAAGCAGAGAAAUACUCGCUGUACUUGAACCAGUAUGUUAGCGUGAGCGGAGCAUUGAAAGAGUUCAACAACAAGAAGGGAAUACAACAGGCUACCAUUCGACCCAUACUGGACCAUAAUCAAGUUAUAUAUCACCACUUGAGUGCCAUCAGCCACCACUUGAAGGCACAGGGCUUGCACGUGCGUAGGAAGCCAGAGAACGAAAAUGGACUAUUUGUUUCUGAAAAUGGAGGAGGUGAUUCGUUACAGGAAAGAGUGCUUCAGGUUAUUAAUGAACUCACUCCCUCAAUGCAAGAAGGUGUCCCCCUCCAAUUAAUUGCCCAGAAAGUCAACGCCACUGAUGACAGCGUCGAAAACGAAUGCCAGGAGUUGGUACAGAGCGGAAGAAUCUACCUGACUUAUGAUGACAGGACUUACUUGGGUCUUUAG